CAACACAACACCGCAGGGAACAUUAUUAGAAUACCAUGGGGGUAAACCAGUCAGCUCAACAGGGACGGGAGAGAAGUAGCCAUCAUACCCACAAUCAUAUGCCACCGUCUCCUCAACGGCCUACUGAGCUUGCCGUUGAUAAUGGGGGUACUAUGGCUGCUCAUGACGGUGUAAACGGCCAUAUACUCGAGGCCAAGGACAGAGUCAUAGGGAACAAUGAUAUUAAAGAGCGUCAUAGUCUAGAGAUGUAUGGGGUCGCUACAGGAACUACCGCGUCUCCUGGAGGACGCAGCUUGAGCAUGGACUGCCUACCUGCGCGAGAAUUCACUAAGGAAUAUGCGCGUGGACCUUCCAUCUCUCUAACAGAAACUGUCGAGCAACUGCACCAGCUGUGCCUGAUCUUUCCACCAGGCAACCCUUCAGGCUCCGGUUAUAAAUUUCCUCCACACAAACCAAUUGUUUCCAAAAUUCCUGAACACAACAACCACAUUUUGGAAGACAUAAGUCUCCAGGCAAUCCGCAUAAACAGAACCCCCCAUCAAACAAGGUCAAAGUCUCUCAUUAUGACUACUGAAAAUCGCGACGACGUCGUUGGCGAGGGUGGUGAGGCUCCGCCCGCACCCACCACUUCUAUUGCAGAGCAAGCUCCUACUGGUGGUGAUGUUGUCAUGGCGGACAACACUGCUGUCGUAGACACUGCUGCCGUCGACACCGCCGCCGCAGACAACGGUCACGACGACACCAAGGAGCAGCCCGUGCAGGCACCCGUCGUAAAGAAGACUCGAGCCCGCAAGCGCGCCGCUGAAAAAGCGGCCGAUGACCCGUCGACCUCGAAGAAGACGAAAAUCCUGUCCUUCAUCCCUUCUGAUACCGAUUCAAAGAAGGAUGAAAAUUACCACACCUCUAUGGAUCGUCUCUAUAACAUGAUGCGAUCUUCUAAAUAUGUAGCUCUACAUAACGUCGUUGUGGGCAUGGUGGAGGAUCCUGAAUUCAAAAAAAAGCUCACCAAAGCUUGCAAGCGAGAAUUGGAGAUCCGACUCCUCCAUAAAAUCUCCGAGGACCCCAACGCAUUCUUCCUGAAGCAGCGUUUCAACGAAGUGGGCGAAAAGAACAUUGAGUCUAUGUUCGACUUCACCCAGAUGACAGAAGUACGUAAAAACUUGAUAUACACAGACACAUACGACUACCAACAUACUGACCGACCCAGAAAUGAUAGGUUGCCCGCAUCAGUUGGAUGUGAGCACGAUGUUGAUCAAGUUUCUCUUUUGCCGGUGGAGGAGGAUAAUCGUGUCUCAGAUACAUUUGCUGUACAUAAAUGGGAAUACCUGAUAUUCUCCAUGACAAACUUGCCGAACAGAACAAAUCGUCGUCUGCAGAACUACUUUGAGGAGGACAGGGAUAGGGAUAGGGAUAUCAUCCGCGAGCAAGCGACACAGCUGCCCGGAUCAUUUGUUAGUCGCGAACAAGCUAAUGCAAAACUUGACGAAUUGACUCGUUACGAUAACUUCAAAGUAGGCGGCACGACCGCCGCCGUGACCCGUAGGCACGUCUACGAGCACACCCCGUCUAGAUUGCUCAGAGUAGAACUCACGCUGAACACGGGCGAGGAGCGCGUCCUCUGGGUCGAGCGGCGCCUCGUAGAUAUCCAGCGCGACCUCACGAAGAAGGCGCGCGCGCUCAAGAAGUGGGCUGCGAAGAGGCCCGCGCUACCUCACUACAUCGUAGAGUGCGAGUUCAUGACGCAGAAGACUACGGAGACGCCGCGGCGGGGAUUCUACGGAGAUGGCAAAAGCAAUAGCGAUAACGACGACGACAACAACAACAACGAUAAUGACAAGGACAACGGUAUCGAUAUCGAUGCCCCUCCUGCCGCCGUAUUCUCCCACGAGCAGGUCGGCGCGCUGAGCGGGGAGAUCGAGCUCGACCGGCUCCCGCUCGCGACGUUCACGGAGCGCGGGCUGGCGAACGCGCACGCGGGGGCGCUGUUCCUGCGGCACUCGGCGGUGCGGGAGGAGAUACGGUGCGCGCUGGACGAUUUCUGGUGGACGAAGCACGCGGUGGCGAUACACGGGGAGGUGGAGAGGAGGGUGGCAGUGGCGGGCGGGAAGGAGGAGGAGGAAGAGGGAGAGGGGACGCGGUUGUACGUUGCCGAGAUGUAUACGCUGGACAUGCGCGCUAGGCUCGGGUUCGAUAUGAUUAGGGUCGCGGUGCAUAAGGUCGAUGAUGUUUGUGGGCCGCUGAAUAUUUGA